UGAUUAUAUAUACCUAACCCAAAUCGACGUAAUUCAUUGUUCUCUUCUCAAGCCGCUCAAGCUCCAGUGACCUAAUCCUUUGCAUAUUCCCUCUUCACUUACUCCUUCACCGUCUGACUUUAUCUUCGCCGUUCUCUUAAUUUUCAGUCUCCAUCUCCAAGUAUUACUGCUGAUAAUUACUUGUAAAUCAUGGAGGGUUCUACCGAUAACAAUUCGGGCUAUGAUGAAAGAGUAAAGAAAGAGGCGCCUCAGUUGGCAGCAUUGUUGAAAGAGAUGAAAGAAGGAUUAGAUGCAGUGAGUAGUAAAGUGCAAGCUUUAAUAACCAAGGUGAAAGAGAAUAAUUAUCCAACAGCAGAUGGACUUAGCUAUCUUGAAGCUAAACAUUUGCUGCUUCUAAACUAUUGCCAGUCCAUUGUUUAUUAUUUGCUUCGCAAGGCCAAAGGUUUAUCCAUUGAUGGGCAUCCUGUUGUUCGGAGUCUUGUAGAAAUUAGAUUAUUUUUAGAAAAGAUUCGUCCAAUUGACAAGAAACUUCAGUACCAAAUUCAGAAGCUUACAAGCACAAGCAUUUCUGUUAGUGGAUUGGGAAAACUUGAUCCAAGUGAAAAGGAAUCUGAUGAGCCACAGAAGACUGAAGAUCUAUUCAGAUAUCGUCCUAACCCAGACAUGCUUGUUAGCAGAACAGAUAUGACAGUUGAGGACAAUGAAGGCAUGUAUAAACCCCCAAAAUUUGCUCCCACUUCUAUGGAUGAGGAUAAGAUGUCAAGAAAGGAAAGAAAUGCUUUGCGAAAGGAGGAAGAGACACUGCGACAGGCUAGGCAGAGUACUUAUAUGAGGGAAUUGAUGGAUAAUUUGGAGGGGAGACCUGAAGAGGUUAGAGAAACUUUUGGAUCUGAGAGUCGAGAACUUACUAGAUACAAGGAAAAGAUGGAAGAGCGUGCACGGCAAGAAGAGGAGCUUUUUACUCGUGCUCCUCUUACAAAGAUGGAGAAAAAGAAGAUGAAACACUUGAAGAAGUCGAGAAAUGGGUUGCUAGGUCUAACUGACAGUUUCUAUGAUGAAAUAAAAACUUUACCCAUGGAGGAUAAUGAUGAACAACCAACAAGCAUGAAUUAUGGUAGAGGUGGAAUGGGGAAAUUAAAGAAAAGGAAGUGAUAUUGACAAUCUGAAUGACAAGAAAAAUAAUCUUUGGAUUUACAGAUCAAACAGAUUUGAAGCUGUAGAACAGCAACAGCUCUCUAAUUUGAGUUGUCUAAUGGGGAAGUAUUUUGAGCGUAUGAAGGCUUGCAUGAUGCAAUGUUGUAGAAUAGUGAAACAUUGUUUUGUUGCUUUUUCUUGGGCUCUACUUGAAUGAAGAUGUUUGGCUUGCAAUCAAAUUCAAUCAUUUAAUUUCACUCUGAAUUUUGCUGGUUGGAAAUAUAGAUAUUGAUAUUUUAUUUUAUGUAUAAUUGAGGUGAUGUCAUUUACACGUGUUCGUCAUAGAUUAUCAUUGUUUUACCUUUUGUAACUUCUAGUUGUUAAAGCAUGUAAAUACCAGAUUUUGUUGCAGAAUUUUAACACUAUUCCAUGAGGCUUAUGUGCCCAAUAUCAAAACACUUUUGACUUUA